UGCACUCUUUAUGUUUCACAGAGCAACCGCCUAGAUCUCUGCUUCUGUAUAAAGGCAUCAAAGAAGAGCAAGCCCUCUGAAAACACUAGUCUGCUUUACAAGUUCUUCAAGACAGUCUAUGCACCUUUCCUGCUCAGCGACUCUGUACGAGUUGUUGUGAUGGUGGCCUUUAUUGGAUGGCUGUGCUCCUCCAUUGCUGUCAUAGGCAAGAUUGAGAUUGGCCUUGACCAGGAGCUUGCUAUGCCUCAGGAUUCCUACCUGCAGCAAUACUUCGACUAUCUCAAGAAGUAUCUUAAAGUGGGGCCUCCCGUGUACUUCAUGGUCACCGAGGGCUACGACUACUCGGACGUCAAGAAACAGGCCAGGCUGUGCAUCAAUGAACAAGUCUGCGACCAGGACUCCGUCGGAGCUAAGCUCAAGCAGCUGACUUUUCUAAGCAACAGGACGUAUGUGACGAGACUGCGGUCAUACUGGCUGGACCAGUACAUCCUUUACAUGCGGUCCUCGGAUUGCUGCUUUGAAACCAUCAAAAAUCACGAUUUUUGCUACUCCGACUACGGCACUGGAAACGGAACGUGCCAAUCCUGUAGCGUGCCGAGAUCUGAACCUUUUGCUGGGGAAGAAUUUAGGCACCGCCUUUCCUGGUUCCUGAACGACGUGCCUAGCCCUAAGUGCUCUUCAGCUGGUCGUGCCGAGCACGGACAUUCGAUCAACCAUGAAAAUGGGACCAUUACUGCCGCCUACUAUUCAGCCUAUCACCCUGUGCUGAAGACGUCGAAGGAUUUCUACACGGCCCUAGAGUGGGCUCGGCUAAUAUCCCACAACUUGACACGCAUGGUUCAAGAAGUCCAGCCUGAGUCUAAGGUGAUCCCAUACAGCCUGGUGCACGUGUUCUACGAGCAGUACCUGACCAUGUGGCCAGACACGUUCAAGAGCCUGGCAUUCUCGCUGGGCGCCAUCUUUGUUGUCACCUUUGUGCUGCUGGGGCUGGACUUCAUGUCUGCGCUGGUUGUCACCUUCACCAUCGUCAUGAUCAUUGUCAACCUGAUGGGCCUUAUGUACUGGUGGGACAUCUCCCUCAACGCUGUGUCCCUCGUCAACCUGGUGGUGGGCGUGGGCAUCUCCGUCGAGUUUUGCUCCCACCUGGUGCGGGUGUUUGCCUUCAGCGGUGCUCCUACUAGGGUCAAGCGAGCCCAGGAUGCUCUCACCAAGAUGGGAAGCUCGAUUCUGUCAGGCAUCACGCUGACAGACUGCGGGAUCCUGGUGCUGGCGUUUGCCAAGUCGCAGAUCUUCCAGGUGUUCUACUUCCGCAUGUACCUGGGGAUCAUCGCUUUUGGCACGCUGCACAGCCUCAUCUUCCUGCCUGUGUUCCUCAGCAUCCUAGCCUCUCCCGUUUCAGCGCGUGCAAGGCGAAGACUGUUGGUUGCGAAGUGAAGUUAAAUUAUAGUUUCUUAGUGAUGUUUUAGCAUUGUAAAUAAACACUCACAUUCACUGUUUCAGACUCCAGGCAGAUUUCAGUUCUCUCUCUUCUUUAUUGGAAAUGCAUGACAAAUGUUUAUUUCCUAUAUCAGGCACAACAAAAAAUUUACAAGUGACAAACUUGCGGAGUGUAGCUUCUAAGUCUCCCUGUGUCCUGGCGAACGGUUUCCUGUAGAAAGCAGGUUGUAUUAUAUUGGAGCAAGGAAUUGUAAUG